AUGGCGCGCAGGAAGUGCGCAAGAAAACACUGCGGUCAAAGGGCGCCGUUACGGCCGUUAUGGGGCGGUGCUGGAGGAGGCGGGGCGAGGUGCGGGGCAGGACCGGAGCAGAGGCCACUGUCACCGUUAUUCGCGUCAGCAGGGGCGGUGCUGCUGGUGGCACUCAUCCCAACAGCGAGCGGGCCGAUCCCGGAAAGGUGCCCCUCUUCUCAGGAGGACCAAGGGACCAGCUGCAAAGAGCCAGCAUGCUGCGGCUGCAGUGCUGCAGCCACAGAGCGGCUGGUAUUCAGCUUUGCUUACAGAAUGGCAAAGGCUGUGAUCUUCCUUUGGAGAAACAUCAGAAAAGGCAUCUCCAUCCUGAACGAGAGGCUGUUCAUGAUCUUCUGCUUGAUGAGCCUCACUGCUCUUGCUGGUGCCUGGUGCGGGACCUCGCUGCUCCUUUGGCAGUUGUUUGGAAAGAAUGCGCCACAGAGGCAGCCUGCACCUGACCUGAGUUCACUGUGCAACACACCUGAUGUGUGGAAAGGACAAGCUGGAGAGCUGCAGCAGCUGAGGGAUGAGGUGAAACGUCUGGCUGCAGAAAUCCGCUCUAUAAAGAAGGAAGCUCAGCAAAUGAGAGAGGUGAUGUCUGACCCCAUGGAGGUGCCUGACUGGACUCUCAAAAGCACAGGGACUGCCAUCGACCUGCAGAGUUCAUCCAGCACCUCUGCAUGGCUCAGAAGGGUGUUUUGGUUCCUGUUUAGUGAACCCUUUGAAGAAACCUUUGUGCAGCCUGAUGCUUCCCCAGGGUACUGCUGGCCUAUGCAACAGUCUCAGAGCGAAGUGCUAAUCCGACUGCCCACAGAACUACAACCAACAGCCAUCACCUUACAGUACUACUCAAAGAUAGCCACUCCACUGGCAACUGUCCGUAGUGCACCCAAGGAUUUCACUGUCUCUGGACUGGAUGAGGAAGGCCAUGGCGAAACUCUGCUGGGGUCAUUCCUCUACAGCAUGCAGAUAGAGCCAACUCAGACCUUCCCUCUGCAGAAUGGCAUCUCCAGAGCCUUUCGACUUCUGAAACUCAGCAUACAGAACAACUGGGGUAGACCAGGAUACACCUGCAUUUAUCGAGUGCAGGUGCAUGGGAAGAUGGUGCAGACAAAUGCCAUCAACAAGACAGAUGUGGAGACUACCUUCAACAAGAAUUAAAGAGGAAAAUAGACCAGAGGAAUCUGUUCCUCCAGACUUAGAGCAACCUGUUUGUCUGGUGCAGAGCAAUGUCACUUCAGUGUCCCUCUCAGAGUAGCCAACUUAUUUCUGCCUUUUGCAGGCUGAGGCUUUCCUCAGCCUUUCCUUUUUCUCUCUACCACACAGUGUUUCCUAACCAAAGGAGACAUCUCCAUUUGUUGGAAGCAGAUGCGCUUUCACAGCCUCUCUUUGCCCAUGUUCCAUGUUGAAAACUUUUGGCACUUGCCAAGGUCUGCUCCCCAUCUUUUCCCAGAGGCUCCCUCAGCAGUCCUAUCACAGCCAGUGCUGGUACAGGGAUACGCUGUACACCAGUACAGCAGGCAGGGGUGUGUAGAGGAGCAGAGAUGCCUGGGCAUGAACAGGCAACAAGACUAAGCUGGCCUGUAUCAGCACUAGUGUGGCCAGCAGGGCCAGGGCAGUGAUCAUCCCCCUGUACUAAGCACUGGUGGGCCCGGACCUCAUAUCACAGAAUCCUAAGGGUUGGAGGGGACCUCAAAAGAUCAUCUAGUCCAACCCCCCUGCAAGAGCAGGGUAACCUAGAGUACAUCACACAGGAGCUUG